AGGGUUGUGCAUUGUGCUCAGUGUGUCAGAUCUGCAUCCACCGCGGACGAGAGGGCCUCGCACGGCCUCUGUAACCCCUGAGCUGUAAACCUGCACACACACACACACACUGACUGAUAAGGAGAGGAGGAAUCUGUGACCAUUUUUGCAGCAUUUCCUGGACAGAGUCGCUCCUUUUGUUGCUGUCAGUCUCCGGGCUGCAGGAGGGAGAAGCUGGGGGAGGAGGAGGAGGAGGACGCGUCUCCUUUUAUUAAAUCCCGAUCUGUCGGCGGUGGCGGAAGGAAGACGGGACGUGAUAUGAACCCCUCAUCGGCUUAAAACGGCUGUGCAGCUAAUAAAUAGCCCCGAUUUCAGGGGGAGGGGGAGACACCACAGAGGACAUUUGUACCUUUAACCUGAAAAAGACUGAACCACGGAAGCUGCAGCGAUGCCCGGGUUUGAUUACAAGUUUCUGGAGAAGCCAAAGAGACGCUUCCAGUGUCCGCUCUGCAGCAAGGCGAUGCGGGAGCCCGUCCAAGUGUCUACAUGUGGACAUCGGUUCUGUGACACCUGUCUGCAAGAAUUUCUAAGUGAGGGCGUCUUCAAGUGUCCAGAGGAUCAGCUGCCGUUGGACUAUGCCAAGAUUUACCCAGAUCCAGAGCUGGAGCAGCAAAUCCUUGCGCUGCCAAUCCGCUGCAUCCACAGUGAGGAGGGCUGCCGCUGGACGGGCCAGAUGAAGCAGCUGCAGGGCCACUUCUCCACCUGCGCCUUCAAUGUGAUACCCUGCCCCAACCGCUGCUCCGUCAAGCUGACGCGCCGCGACUUGCCCGACCACCUGCAGCACGACUGCCCCAAGCGCAAGGUCAAGUGUGAGUUCUGUGGCAGCGAGUUCACCGGUGAAGCCUACGAGAACCAUCAGGGUGUGUGUCCUCAGGAGAGCGUUUACUGUGAGAACAAGUGUGGGGCAAGGAUGAUGCGUCGUCUGCUGUCCCAGCACAGCAUGGCCGAGUGUCCCAAACGCACACAGCCCUGCAAGUACUGUGGCAAGGAGUUCGUCUUUGACACGAUCCAGAACCACCAGUACCACUGCCCCCGCUUUCCUGUCCAGUGCCCAAACCAGUGCGGCACACCCAACAUCGCCCGAGAGGACCUGGCUAACCACGUGAAGGACAACUGCGGCAGUGCGCUCGUUCUCUGCCCCUUCAAAGACGCCGGCUGCAAACACAGAUGCCCCAAACUGGCCAUCGGUCGUCACCUUGAAGACACCACUAAAUCCCACCUCACUAUGAUGUGUAACCUGGUGGGGCGUCAGCGACAGGAGAUCCUGGAGCUGCGAAGGGAGAUGGAGGAGCUGUCCGUCAGUCAUGAUGGCGUUCUCAUCUGGAAGCUAAGCGACUACUCCCGUAAACUCCAGGAGGCCAAACUCCGGAGCAACCACGAGUUCUUCAGCCCGCCCUUCUACACUCACCGCUACGGCUACAAGCUGCAGGUGUCGGCCUUCCUGAACGGUAAUGGAAGCGGAGAGGGCUCGCACCUCUCCGUUUACAUUCGAGUGCUGCCCGGCGAGUACGACAACCUGCUGGAGUGGCCCUUCUCCUUCAAGGUGACUUUCUCCAUCCUGGACCAGAGCGACCCCUCGCUUUCCAAACCCCAGCACAUCACAGAGACCUUCAACCCCGACCCAAACUGGAAGAACUUCCAGAAGCCCAGCAGCACCCGCAACUCGCUGGACGAGAGCACCCUGGGCUUUGGCUACCCCAAGUUCAUCUCUCACGAGGAGAUCAAGAAGAGAAACUACAUCCGAGACAACUGCAUCUUCGUCAAGGCUUCUAUAGAGAUUCCCCAGAAGAUCAUGGCUUAAGAUUCAACCUUUCCUUCUCUUUUUAUGAAGGAGAAAGAAGGUCAAAGACUGGAACUGACACUUGAGCUUGAAAACGUCUACACACUUACCCUUUAGAUACUUUCUGCCCUUGCAGCCUCUCCACCACAGAGCUUGAAGUGAGUCUGUUUGGCUGUGUGAGCUGACUCGGAGGACCUUGAUAUAUCACAGAGGAGCAAGUGUUUGGUCUGCAGAGCCAUCACUCUCUGGUCUUUCUUUUUUAAUUUUUUUUAAUCUGUUUGCUGACCUUUUAUCACAGUCUACAACAAAAAGCCUUGGAAAUCAAACAGUGCCUAGAGAGUUUAUCUUAAGUUAUAUUUUUGUUGUUAUUUCUGCAGUACAGAUGCUUAAGAUUAAGGAGAAGAUAUAAAAAAUAGGGGUGAAGGGCUUCACUAAGCCUCUGCACUUAGAGAGAAGUUAGAAGCUGGUUAGAGAAGUCCUGUGGGGGUGAUCCGAAGAAGAGGGAGCUCAGCAGACCCAAGCUCAAGCCCAACUGCCUUUUGUUUACAUGCUCAUACAGUAUACUCCCGCUGAUCCCUCUGCAAACACAGAGCCCUUGGUGAGAGACUACUUGUGAUGUCUGUUGACACACAAACACGGAUCGAUGUUUUUGAGUGAGAAACUUGCAGCAUCAAUCAAUUCUUGAGUUUUAAAGGAACAUUUUGGAUGAGUUGAAUGAGAAGAUCAAUAUCACUCUCAUGUGUCUGUGUCACUAUGAGGCUAAGCCUAGCAUACUGUUAGCUCCACUAAGCACAUCAACUAAAAAUCUCCCAAGCUUACUUUGUGAAAAUAUAAUAGUUCAAAAAACCAAAACAUAAAAAAGACAAACAAAAUAUUUUAUGUUAAAAUGAGCUCUAAGGAGCGUUUUGGAAGAAGGCUUUACAGUUAUUACAGAGCUAGGCUCUCUGUUCCCCUUUUCCAGUCUUUAUGUUAGCUGUAAUAAGCUAACAUGCCUUUGGCUCGAGUGUCAUAUUUGAAAGAAUGAUUUGAUUUUGGAAAAUGUGCACAUUUGAAUUCCUGGCAAGAUUCAGAAAGGAAGACUGAAAAAACUAAUUUUACUAUUGUAAAGAUGAAGCUACAGCCAGCAUGCGGCUAAGUUAGCAUAAAGACACAUCUAGCUAGCUUAGCUCUGCACAAUCUCAGUAGAAUCCUUGUUUGUUUGUUUUUUUCUUGCUCUUUUAUUUUAUCCACACAAAAAGUAACUCUGGACAAAGCCAGAGUCUGGCUAGUUAUUGUGCAGAGCUAAGCUAAAGGGCUGCUGGCUGUAAAAAGAACUGAAGGUUUAGCUUAGCAUACAGACUAGAAACAGAUUGAGGUAAACAAAAAGAAUAAAGUGCUUAUUAAGUGAAUAAAGAAGUGCUUGGAGGUCUAAUUUUUGAACUUCUUAAGCAAGUUGGUCCUUCUGUUUCCACUCUUAAUGCUACGCUGAUUAAGCUAAAGGGUUGCCAGUUGUGGUUUAAUGUAUUAGAAGACAUAUGAGUGUGGUAUUCAUCUUCGAAUCUAACUUGAAGCAAAAGAGAGAAGAAUCAUAUAUUUCAAAUGUCAAACUGUUGACACCAUCACAUGCUGUCUUUUCAUUUAUCAGGUUUUUUACCAAACAACAUUGAAGUUUCACUUCUGUCUCUUCUCCCAUCCCCAGAACUGUCUGUGACUUUGUGUUUGUCAGUAGUUUGACCCUGAUGGAGCGAACCAAUAGGAAAAAAAAAACUGAAAAGCACCUUUCCUCUGUCUCAUGAUGAGCAGAGCAGAGCAGACAAAGAGGCCAGUUGUUAAGAGUACAUGCGCAUUUAAUAGUGAAGGAAAAGCCAUGUGGCCUUUUUAUACGGUAUGUCUUCGCAUGAGGGUUUUAGGGGUGAGCAGGGCAACACAAACACAUGCAUGCUUCAUGUGCAACCACCUGGACCACAUUUUUGUACUGUAACCUGUAUUCUUGAAAUCUUCUCCCGUUAAUGGCUAUGUCGUCUCUUUUUUUGGACCUUUUUGAAAGUUGACAAAUUGUCAAAAGAAUACUUUUUUAAGUUUUAUGUUUUUAUAUACAGAAAAUGUGAACGCUGUUGGUUAAAUAACCUAUAAAGACAAUGACUGGCUGUGAAGUGUAUUGUUUUACAUAGCCUGGGCGUAGAUGGUGUGUUUGAAAAGAUGCUUCAUGGCACGGUCUCUGCAAAUAUGUGGGUGUCUCUGAACCAGCUACACCUUUGUUGUUACCAUGGUCACCGGUGUCUAUCUGCAAAUUUGCAAUGAGGAACGUUUGGAGGGACGCAGCCCUGUGCGAUACAUCUGUCUCCAUCACAGCACCAUCAGAGGGGUGGAGGACUUUAAUGAUAAAGUAUGCUCAUCAUGUGUGUGAAUACUAAUGUAAAAACGCAGGAGCACAUUCUGUCUUUUUAUUAGUAUACAUGGAAAAAAAUCCUGAUUUCUUGUCAUAAUACCAGCUGAUAUUUUACAGUGAUUUAAAGAAAUGAGAAGAUUAAAAAAAAACACUUUUUUGUAAGAUUCUGUAUUUUUAAAAAUACUUAGCUGUUUUAUACAAACACUUUUGGUUGGAGAGUCGGGGUUGACUUAGGGAAUUUUCAGACCCUUUCGUCUCUUGGACAUUUGAAUAAUUUGUUUGUACUUGUGGUUUGAGCCUCACAUACUCUGUCUGUAUUAUUUCCUCUUAAAAGUAUUUAUUUUAAGGAGCUGUCAUGUGACUUUGCGCUGACGGCAGAAAUGUUUUAAUAUGUUGAUUGAUGAGUGCUUGUCAAUUUCAUAAUUGAAAUAAAAUACCAUAUAUUAUA